GCUUCUCUGAGACAGACACAAAGUUAAAAAGACAGAAAUAGGUCUUUGGGAGGUGGGAGGAGGAAGAGGGAGAUGCACAGGUGGGGCGCAGAUUGGGAAGAGGCAUUUGUUUCAGGAUAAACACAGGAGGGAAAUCUGAGGUGAGGUGGAGCGUUUGUUGCUGCUCAGGCUCUCAGCUAUUCAGGGACAGGUUGGACUGGUUUCACCCUCCACAAUAGCUGUGUUUCCCCCGCUCUCGCUCAUUUAAACCAGCAGAGAGGGAGGAAGAAGUGAACCAGAUAGACUGGCGAGUAGCGUGAAAGAUUUCUCUGUACAUUUCAGCGUUUGGCCCAAAGAGGAAUUUCAACAUGCCUGAGGAAAGGGAAGGAGAAGGAGAGGGAGAAUUUUAUGGAAAGCAUGGGGAGCCGAGGAAGUAUGACCCAGAGUUCAAGGGCCCGACCCAGAACAGGGGCUGCACAGACAUUGUGUGCUGCAUCCUCUUCAUCAUCGCCAUACUGGCUUAUAUUGCAGUGGGAAUACUCGCCUGGUCUCAGGGUGACCCCAGGAAGGCAAUCUAUCCUACAGACAGUGAAGGCCAGUUCUGCGGGCAGGUUGGCACCCCACUUGAAAACAAGCGACUGCUGUUCUACUUCAACAUCAUGAAGUGUGCCAGCCCCAUGGUGCUGCUGGAGUUCCAGUGCCCGACCACACAGAUGUGUGUAGAGAAGUGCCCCGAAAAGUUCAUGAUAUUAACCAAAGCCUACACAAACAAAAAAGACUUUGAGUACUACAAGAAUUUCUGCAAGAAAGGAGUGACAAAUGACAUGGGUGUACCAGAUAUCCUUCAGCAACGUCUCUGUCCUGCCAUGUUGACCCCCAGCAAGCCCUUCACUCGUAGGUGUUUCCCAGCUUUGGGCGAGAAAGGAGGGGUGAUAACGGUGGGAAACAGCUCCACAUUUGAUGAUGGAGAUGGAAAGAUUAGAGAUGCCAAGGAUCUUCUGGAUGGAGUCAAGAAUGCCACGGUGGUUAUUGAGGCUCGUCAGGUGGUCAUGAAAAUCUUUGAGGAUUACACACAGUCCUGGUACUGGAUUCUGCUAGGGUUGGUAAUUGCUAUGCUCACCAGCCUGCUCUUCAUCGUCCUCCUGCGCUUCCUGGCAGGGAUCAUGGUCUGGGUCAUGAUUGCCUUGGUGAUAAUCGUCAUAGGAUAUGGUAUCUUCCACUGCUACAUGGAGUACGCUGCUCUGAAAGGAGAGGCAGGCUCUGAUGUGACUCUACAGGAACUGGGCUUCCAGACUGACUUCACCGUCUACCUGCAGAUCAGACAGACCUGGCUGGCCUUCAUGAUUAUCCUGGCCAUUUUGGAGGUCAUCAUCAUCCUUGUGCUCAUCUUCCUCAGGAAGAGGCUCCUCAUUGCCAUCGCUCUCAUCAAAGAAGCCAGCAGAGCCAUCGGACACGUGAUGUCUUCCCUUUUUUACCCACUGUUCACGUUCUUGCUCCUGGCCAUGGUCAUCGCCUACUGGGCAGUUACUGCUGUCUUCUUGUCUACCUCUAAUGAACCCGUCUACAAGAUUUUCAAUGAGACAGUGUGCGACCACUCGAGAAAAACCUGUGACCCCGCGAACUUCUCGACCAGUCUGGAGAAAAAGCAGUGCCCUGAAUCCGAGUGCCUUUUUGCCUUCUACGGCGGAGAGACUGUUUACCACAAAUACCUGAUCGGCCUACAGUUCUACAAUGUCUUCCUCUUCUUCUGGUGUGCCAACUUUGUCACGGCGCUGGGACAGAUGACCCUGGCCGGGGCCUUUUCCUCGUACUACUGGGCCUUUGUUAAACCGGAUGACAUGCCUGCCUUCCCCGUGUUUUCUGCCCUGGGCAGAUCUCUCAGGUAUCAUACAGGGACUCUGGCGUUUGGCUCUCUGAUCCUCUCAAUCAUUCAGAUCAUCAGGGUUUUGCUGGAGUAUCUGGACCACAAGCUGAAAGGAGCCCAAAAUAAGUGUACCAAGUUCCUGUUGUGUUGUCUGAAGUGCUGCUUCUGGUGUCUGGAGAAGUUCAUCAAGUUCCUUAACAGAAACGCCUACAUCAUGGUGGCGAUUUAUGGCAAAAACUUUUGCACGUCUGCCAGAGAUGCCUUCUUACUCCUCAUGAGGAACAUGGUCAGGGUGGCUGUCUUGGACAAAGUGACAGAUUUCCUUUUGUUUUUGGGCAAACUGCUCAUUGUUGGGCUCGUAGGAGUCUUUGCCUUCUUCUUCUUCUCUGGGCGAGUGAAGGCCUUUGAGAACACAGCUCCGCAUCUCCACUACUACUGGGUACCCAUCCUGACUGUGGUGAUUGGCUCCUACCUCAUCGCCCAUGGAUUCUUCAGUGUGUACGCCAUGUGUGUGGACACGCUUUUCCUCUGUUUCUGUGAAGACCUGGAGCGCAAUGAUGGUUCAGCCGCAAGGCCUUAUUACAUGUCCUCAACUCUUCAUGAGAUUCUGUGGAAGAACGCUGCCGAGGAUCCGCCUCCGAAUUCUGCUCCGCAACAGGACAGCGAAGACAUCCAGUUGAAACAACAGCAGGCUCAGGAUCAGGACGAGGACGCAGCUUAGAGAAGAGGAGUUUUGUGGGCAGAGACACUGUAGUUAGAUUUACAGGCAUAACGAAACUCAUGUAACACUUUUUUAACUGUUCUAGUUAAAGCCUGUUUUGAAUUAUGAGAGUAAGGAGCUGGGGCAAGUUGCACAAAGCACCUUGAAUUUGCUCCUUAAGUAUGACACUUAAGGCUGACAUGAAAUACUUCGCCAAUAACUGAGUGGAAAGAUCCUGUUGCAUAAAACCACAGAGCAAUCAUUCAUUGUAAAGGAGCUGAAGAGCGCAGCUUUGGGAAAGUUUAAUGAUGCAAACCCAGAUGGUCACAAUCAUAAAUUGACAUCUGGGAAAACUUAGUGUAAAAUCAGCUGCUCAUCAUGAAGCGUGUCCAUCGUCCCGUGGAAUACUCUCCUCGGAUUGCCUUAAUUUUUCCCAUUUAUCUCCAUAAAAUCAACCAUGUUGCGGUUAAGAUGGAGUCAGAGGUACUUAAUGUUUGUUGUCCUUACCUUGGUCACUAAGGUUCUUUGUGCAACCGUUUAACAGGCAAUGCCUUAAGUAUAAACAUAAACAUUUUAAGGAAGCCUCUUUUCCUUAAGGCUAGAUAAAUCUAUCUAUCUAUAAGACCAAGAUAAGGAGAACUUAAAACUUUAAGUAAAUAUUUUAAGGAAGCCUUAAGGGAAAGACUAAUCGAUGUUUUUUGCAACUGAAUUUUUUUUUCUCAAGGAAAUCUUAACUCGGACUUAAAGGAAAAUCUUAACCUAAGGUGCUUUGUACAACCGGCCCCUGAAACUUUGUUGUUGCCCGUUGGGAAUUCUUCUUUGCACUUAACCCACUCAUCUCACAGAGGCCGACUGUUGCAGAACACCAGGCCUUAAAGUGGAGAUUCAGUGUUUCCUUUAUUCACACCUGAGUGGUGCAUAUUUCUUUUUACCUUAUCUGUCCUUAAAGUGGAAACAAACAACUUUUUAACUCGUGUUUCUAAGUGGUAUUAUAAUUGGCGCCGCUGAUGAAGAGACCUACAGAUCACUUUUCGUUUUCCUCAGGUCCUAGAAGUUACCACAGUUUACACAGGUACUUUAAUUGUUCCAACGUCCGCCAUUUCUGCUACUGGGGGUCGUAACCUGAAGGGCCACCCCCUGGAAAAAAAACACUCCAAGUGAAGAAUCUCAGUUGACACAAUUUGUGUUUGCAUUCUGUCGUACUGUUACUUGUUUUAUUUUUAUUUUUUAUUGAAUGCCACUAGUUAAAAAAUGCCUGCUGCGCCUUUUUAUUGUUGCCAGGCAACCACCCUGUCACCUCCUACCCUAACCCUUCUGUGUAAUCAAUCCACCAUUUAUUUGUUUUAAUUAUUUCACAGAAAUCAGUGUGUAGUUGCUGACAUGUUGAGGCAGAGGGUACUGUCUGUAGCUCUGGUUGAGGGUGAGAGGCUGUCAGCAGAUAAACAGAGAUCUGUGUGGGUACAUGAGACCCUAAAAAAGAGGCUGGGUCAUGGGGAGUACCACCAGUUGGUCCAAGAGCUUCUCCUCCUUGAUGGACGUUUCCAGGCAUAUUUUAGGGUGACUCAGAGGCACAACUUUGACAACCAGCUGUCUAUCAUCAGGCCGUAUAGCUCUGGGUAUCCAGCAACCACUACCACCAGUUUCUCCUCCAUUGUUCACCAACUGUAAUCUUGUUGUCGUGGCCACCACAGAAGGCCCGCCUCUCAAAUCAUCAGAUUGAGUGAUGGGGAAAAAAGCUAGAUGACAUGGGGCACUUAUUAUGCUCUGAAUUGUUUUUUCAACUUGAAGAGUUCAGAGCGCUCCGCCAGAAACAUGAGGCGCAUAGUUUUUCUUUCCUCACUUUAUAACAAGGUGGUUGAAAUGUCUGCUAUGUCUUAAUGUUACUCUUGAACAUGUUGGAAAAUCUGUCUGAAAUCUUUACUCCGUUUGAGCCUUUCAAUCGCCCCUCCCACUACACUGCCACUGGCCAAUAUAAACUUGAAGCCGUUCAUGUGCCUAAUUUACAGCGUUAACGUCGGGUCUCUUUGCACAUUUUGACUUAAAAUUGUUUACAGAUUAUGCAAUCAGAACCACAUGAUCGUCGGUGUUACUUCUUUAGUAUGCUGCACUAUUGAUGCACUUUAAUUUGUGUUCACGCCAAACAGGUUUUUAUCUGUGUAAAUGAAUACUGCUGAUUUUCUUGAAGCUUUGUAGUCUCUUAGGUUGAAGUUUCUGUAAAAGCAAAGUAGUUUUGAAUUAAGUUCUCUGUACUUGGCAGUAAACUUGGGUAAAUAAACAGUUUUUGAGGCGACAAGUCUUGAGCUAAGUAAUUUAAAGGGAUAGUUUGGGGUUUUUUAUAGUGGGGUUGUAUGAGUUUCUCAUCCAUAUUCAGUGUUUUACCUGCAGUAGAUGGCGGUCGGCAUGCCCCCAGUUUGGAGAAGCAGGCUUGAGUGCUGACAGGAAGGCUAAGUAAUGUACUGCUGCACACAGCAAAUUUUACCCACCAAAAUAAAUCAAUAUCACUGUGAGUGUCCAGCACAUUUAGAGUAUUUUUGCUUUUUUCUUGCUGUCAGACGGUGAUUUUCCAAAGGGAAACUGGCCCUGAUAAAUCACUCUCUUUAAAGCCAGACUCCAUUUAGAAAAGCAAUGAUUU